AGGAGAGAGAGGUCUUGCCUCUUGUCUUGCUGAAGCUCUUUGAUUCAGUGGCAGUGGCUGAGACAACCCCGUUACCGGCCACCGUUAACCCGUGUAACUACGAGCUUCGAUCAUACUCAAGAUCAACAGCUCAUGGUGAAGAUUUCCCCGCAGGACAUCGCGUCUUUAUCGCGUCUCUGCAGCGCAAAUCAAAGAGGACAUUUGGCCAAAGCGAACUUUUAUUUAGGAAAAACGCAUUCAUACUGGAUGGCAGCAAAGUCACAAGAUGCUUUGUGUGUCUGAUGAGCGCAACACCUGCCAGUCAUAUAGAAGCGUCAGUGAAAGCUUGGCACAUAAAGGAGUACCUGCGAUGAAGAAACCCGCAAGAAGCUCCACGCGGUAAGAAGUGGAAGAGUGAUAUCCAGAGCAGACAGAAGAGAGAGGAGGCCAAAGAACAAACACCAGCGCGUCCUCAAAUGAUGGGGAUAAAGCACCUUCUGCUUCUUUUGAUUUACUUAGACCCGCUGAAUGUCCUGUGCGCCGCCACCACCAACAAAAGGAGCAAAACCCCGCCGAAGAGGAACUCAAAGGUGAAGGAGGUCAACGGCAGCACCACCGCGCUCCCGCUGGCCGCGGCCGUCCCGGGGAAGAUCACCCAGGUCCAGGCUCCCACGGUCCAGCACGACACCUGCCUGGGCUACUACGACGUGAGCGGGCAGUACGACAAAGAGUUCAGCUGCAACAACACCGACCACCGCUUCUGCUGCGGCAGCUGCUUCCUGCGCUUCUGCUGCGCGGACCGGGGGAAGCGGCUGGAGCAGAAGAGCUGCACCAACUACAACACGCCGGACUGGAUCAAAACCCAGCCCCCUUCACCUGCGCCAACAGGUGACACGUACGACCCGGAGCUGGACCAGACCAACACCACGGUGUACAUCACCUGCGGGGUCGUAGCGCUCAUCAUCGCCAUUGGGAUUUCUGCUAAAGUUGCCUAUGAUAAAGCCACCAAGCCCCCUCAGGAAAUGAAUGUGCAUAGAGCCCUGGCAGACAUUCUGAGGCAACAAGGACCGGUUCCAAUAUCUCAGUAUGAACAUGAAAACAUUGCAGCGAUUGAUGGCUCACCCAAAGACGAGACGCCGGUCAGAACCUCGAAGAAUCACUACACCCCCGUUCACGCCAAGCCAUCGAACCAUGGUCACUAUGGCAAAGAAAACCUGCGCAGCGGAGGCCAAGACAUGCACAACUUCAUCUCCUCCGGGUUUGUUACACUUGGACGUGGCCACUUAAAAGCGCAGCACUCCAUCGACGAAUCGGGGCAGAUGUCCUGGCAGGGCGAUCUGGACAUCCCCCUCUCUUACGGAAACCAUCACCAUGACUACCAGCACAGCCACCUGGAUCUGACUGCUCUGACUCCUAAACUGGCCCACAGACAAAUGAGAUACGAGAGACCCCAGCGGAUGAACAACAUCCUGACCUCAGCCACCGAGCCCUACGACCUGUCCCUGUCCAGAUCCUUCCAGAACCUCAGCCAUCUGCCGCCCUCCUACGAGCUGGCCCUCAAGUCUGAUUUAAGUAAAUACUCCUCCUCUCUCCACAGAUUAAGUGAUAAGGAUGUAGAUGAGUACUACACGCGGAAGCAUCAUCAUCCUGACUUCGGUGGCCGGGGACCGACCCACAUGGUGAAGCUGAACGCAGAUCCCCAGCCGCACCAGCAGCACCAGCAGCACCAGCAGCGGCAGCGUCCCCGCCGAGUCCAGAGGGCCAUGUCCCAGGACCACGUCCUGUCUCCACCAAGGACGCCACGUCGCGGAGACUACGGCUUAUCUUCGUACGGCGUCAUGGCGGCCACCGCAUACAGCAGCAGCCGGCACCUCUCAGAGGAGCAGCUGCUGUCAGCGGACCGCCUCCACUCCCAGGAUCCCUUGCUGUCCCCGUCGAUGAGGCGCGAUAAAUUCCGGGAGAAGGCGAUGGCGCGGGCAAUGUCUCACGCCGACAUGCUGAUGCCUGUCACGCCCGUCAUGGACCGCCACAAGAUGACCAAGAUGCACUCUCAACCCACUGCCUCUAACGACUACAACACGCUGACGGUCAACCACCAAGCGCCCACGUCUAAGAGGCAGGCGUUUGCCUCCCGACGAACACACACGGUGGACCACCUACAGUACAUUCCCGGCCACCACCACACAUACCGCACUGCCAGCAAGAACGAGGUAACUGUUUAACCACAGCGUGGGAGGUUUCCUGAGACACACCACGGACGUCAACAGAUAUCUUCAGCAAAUCAGCAAAUCUCCUCGGCAGAGGUGUUCUGUCUUCUUAUUAAAACAACCUCCUACAUUAGAAAACUCCUCCUGCUUUUUAGCACAAGCUUCCUGUGUCAUCCAGAAUCAACCCCGGCAAAGACAUCUCUCUCUUAGAGCAUCAUAAGGGCUUUGCGCGUUGACACAAAGAGGGAUCCUUCAUGUCGGACGUUUGACAGCCUGAAGAGAAUAUUUUUUAAACUGGAUAUGGGACUGGAAGGGAAUUGUAUUAACUUUAUAAAUAUAUAAAUAUACUAUAUUUACUAUUUGUAUUUUCAGUCCUUGUUAUAGCUUUAGAGAUUCUCAUUGACUGAUGUAAGCACUUCAAGUGGUGCCUCUAGAAAUUGUCCCAUUUCAACGAUGAAGUGGAUUUGUGGGUUAAAAAGCACAAUUAAUGAAUUCCCUCUUUUGUUUGGUUUAUUUUACUCUUGCUUCUUUGGUAAACGGCCAGGACAUAUCAGCUUAUUAGUAAAAACAGAGACUAUUUCUGUUGCAUACAAUAGAUGAUUGUAAAUAGGCUAUAUUAGCAGCAUUAGAACAAGAAAAGCUGGCCCUUUGACACUAUUGUUUGGUUUGGUUUUCUCCCACCUGGAAUCUAUCAUGGAUUCCCAAUUAAUAAUUUUAAUUUAAGAUAAGGCAAAGAUCCCAAAUGAAUAUUAUUUCCACAGAUGUCUGCAAAAUAUGUGGAUGUAAUAUGUAUAUGGGGAGUAUUUUUUUUUUUUUUCACUGUGCUUGUAGCAUAGAAUGAUUGUGUACGAAACAACCUUUUACCCCCGUCGACCGGCAGCUUCAGUCUGCAGGGGAAAUGGAGCCCGAUGGUUGUUUGAAUUCGCUUAAUUUCUGUUCACACGACUCCCUUUCUGCUCGGUUUGUGAUUGGCCAGCUGCUUCCAUCUCUACAUAUCAGGUACUCGUUGUGUCGGAGCUGAGGAGCACAGAGGUCGUAGUUUUGUGUCGGUGUGUUGAUUGAAACAAUCAGUGCUAACGAGGACGUCAUAAUCAAGCAUUAAUUAAAACUGUGAACUGUUUGUCCAGAUGUUUUCAUUAAAGCAAUGCCUUAUUGUAUGGAAUCCCAUGUGCUCUUAAUUGAACAAUCAUGCUUUUGUCACACGUCUCGUUGUCUUAGCUUUUUGUGCAAUAUUAUUGAUAGUUUACCAGCAGAACCAGCAGUUAAACCUGUUCACACGAUACAGUAUACCUCAAAAACACUAAAUUCAAUUAAAAUGGUCUCAAACUUUAAAGGGAAAACAAUCAAUACAUACUAAAGGGUAUUUCUAUUGGAAAUGUGUCACUAAUCUCAUUAACUGAACUUUGUUUAAGGUUUAUGGACUCAUACGUUGCUUUUGUUUUCAGCUGUUCAGUCAGAUGAGAUGGAGAGAAGGGGUCUUCAUGGGUUCACUUGGUUCCUACUCAAACCAGAACCAGAGUGGGGCUGGGUCCAUACUCGUCGUAUAUUGCUGCGUGGGCAGAAGCCCCCGGCGCCACCAAGGCUUCCCUUUGCGCAGUAUCUAGAUGCAGAAGAUUCUCCGAUUCUUUUGAAAGGCUUUUUUGUACGAGCAAGGGAGCCGAGUCAUACUUGCAAGCCGCUCUUCACUGCCCGCCAUAGAUUAUACUUAAUUUACUUUUUUAAAUGCGUAAAGAAGGAACGAUGAAAGUAACGGAGCCAUAAGACCCGCCUCCCUUCUAAUCGUAAUUCACAUUUCUAGAACGUUGGAAACAGUCGCGGUUAGUUUAAGGCUACAAAACUACUUAUAGUUAGAAGAAAGAUCAUGAUGUAAGUCAAAAUAAGUAUGUUUGUUACGUAUCUUUAGCUACGGAUGUAACGUCAUGCGACUGUUCUGGCUGGCAGUAGUACGUCUCCAGUCUUGGCUAUGUCCCAAAUAAAGAUAAUAAAGUUCCAAGUUAUGAAAAAGAUGUACCAGGUCCAGACAAUUCAAUCCAAAGCUGAGGUAUGAAGACCUACUUUUUUUGUAAAUGAAUUGAUCUGGUCUGGGUGGGUCUUCCACCAUUUUGGACCCAUGAAGACCUCUACUUAAAAACUAAAAGGCUUCGACAAUAUGUUCAUUGUCAGACACUUUGAUGGUCAAAAACAGUGCGGUGUGAAAAUCUAAAGAAAGAAUUAUGAAAUUUGUGGGUUUCUCUUAGAGAUUUAUCAGAUUACAACUUGACCUUAUUGUAAAAGUAAACCAUCAGGAGCAUUGCUGUUUCUAUGAUCCUAUACUUGAGUUGUACGCUACUGUAUAUAAACACUUGAUUAGGAUGUUCUUUGUGAACUGUCAUUAUUUAAAGCAAUGUCUCAUUACACAUAAACCCAUGAUUCUGUUGAAAUACGCUCGUCUUGUUGCACAUCUUUCUUAAAUGGUGUCUUAUGUUUUUUUUUAAUGAUUGACCUUGUAGGGAUGUGGAAAGUUGGCCAAAUGAAUUCAACAAAUUGAUUCCUUUAACUUAUUUUAAAAUGAAUGUGCCAUUUUUCUUGUUUUAUGCCAUAUGUAUUAAAUGAUGUCAAUUAGA